AUUACAGUUGGUUCUCUAUGGGCAGAUCAGUAAAACUCCCGGAUUUCCUACUGCUACUUGUAUAUGUAGCCGUCUGUACAAAACAGCAAAACACUAUUGAAUCAGUUUGAAGCUCCAACAAAGUGAAUCCUUGUAAGCUGAAAUAUUGGUUAAGAAUACAAUUAAGUUUGGAUUCCUUCUUCAUAUUAUGAUUAAGUUUAUUUACUUCUCUUUUUCCUGCAGAUUGACGAGACCAGAUGACCAAUCAUGGGAACUUUUCUUGGCCAUAUCCUCCCCGGAACUUUCUUCCUUAUCUAUGGGAUGAUGUAUGUUGUCAAAGAUGCCUUCAGUAGCAUAUCUAUCAAACGAGAUCGGGAGACGUCCCGGAUGUCAUCAAAAUCAUCCAAAACACCGGGUUCCCCACGAGAACACAACCGUGAAAAAAAGCGAUGUCUCGAUAACAAUUCUCCUCAGCCUCGGGGAAAGCUGGGAAAGAAUGAAAGUUCAAAUAACGGUUGGGAAAGUUUUGACUUUCAGUCAGACGAAGAAGAAACCUGCCUCUUCUCUCGUGAGAAACACCGCCCUCUCUCUGCAGAUUCUGAAUACGAACCGGGACCCGGCCGUGAUCAAAGUCUUUGCAACCAUGGCAACAGUUCGUGUUCGGAAGAGCUCGGUGUUGACGAAGAAAAGAUGAAAGUGAAACAUGGAUGCGAGCGAAUUAAAGAAAGUUUAACGAACAUGUUGGUUAUUGAAGGUAUCUUGAAGAUUGCAUGCGCCACCUUUGGUGCUCUAGGUGAACUCUGGUGGGGAGGAUGGUAUAUCAUUAGCCCGAGAACAGGGAACUUCACCAACAUGAACAACUGGCAACACGCAACCAUGUUCAUGUACUUUGCCAUCAGCGGGGUUGCAGAUAUCGUCUUCCAAACAUGCCUCCGAUCGUCGUCACCAUCGGGCCAGUCUAUCGAGAAGAUUUUUUUAUCGCUCGCUUUCUCGGUAGAGGGGCUUCUGUUUUUCUUCCACACCAACGGGCGCGAGGAAAUCGACGUCCACAUCCACACCCUCCUCGUGAUCCUGAUCUUCGUAUGCGCCGUGGGAGCUGGACUCGAGCCGUGGUCGUACAGCCCGGAGUCACCGGGCGUUAGGCGCCUUUGGGUCAUUGCUACUUGUGUUCAGGGUACCUGGUUUUGGCAGAUCGCGUUCGUUCUGUACAACCCAUGGGGAAAGAAAAGCGACUUGCUAAACGAAGAAAGAGAUGGUGACGUAACGGAGAAUAUGAUGAUAAUGACGACGAUGUUUACGUGGCACCUACUUGCUGUUCUUGCAUUGAUCUGCUUAGUUCAUUUCAUGGUUAUAUAUUUCUCAAGACUUAGAUGCUGCAGAAAUUAGAAAGGAGAUGUUUUAGCAGGGUUUCAGAUACAAGGUUGGAAUUGCAAUGACCGUUUACAAUUCGUCUUUCUAAAAAAAAAUAAGAAAACAAAUCAUCGAAAGAGUAGACAUUCUUGCCAGAAAUUAUACAAGUGCCCUUAUACUCUCCUUCAUUUUCUACAGGUGGGCCUUUAUCUGUACAAUUUGAUGUACGAUAUUUGUCGAAUAACCUAAGAUAAACAAAGAUAUCCUUUAAUGGUCAUAUGGAAUUGAGAUUCGAUUAAUAUAUUGUCACUAAUAAAAAAAAGUUUUGCGUGACUUAA